AUGACUGACCCAACCUCACCGAGCCCUUAUUCAGAGAACAAGAAAUUUGAACCCAAGGUUCCGGUUGAAUUGGAGGCGCCUAAGAGCGACGAGAUCUCGUUGGAAGAAUUGCGCCAAUGCGAUGGGACAAAUCCGGAUAAACCUACGUGGGUUGCGAUAAAGGGGACUGUCUUCGAUGUCUCCAAGAACAAGGCCUAUGGCGAGAAGGGUCAAUAUCAUGUCUUUGCCGGAAAGGAUCCUUCUCGUGCCCUCGCCCUCUCCAGCCUGAAGCCUGAAGAUUGCGUGCCAGAUUGGGAUGAUCUGGACGACAAGUAUAAGACAGUCCUUGAUGAGUGGUACACUUUCUUCAGCAAGCGGUAUAACAUCGUGGGCAAGGUCAGUAUAUCCACGAUACACAAGUUGUCGCGGGCGCUCAGAAUACAGGAUAAGAGGGACAGCAGCAAGAAGCCCUCGAUUUAUUGCGACGCUCAGGAAGAUACCCCGGACCGAAGUAGGGAGACACAGUCCUUCACCUUCAGCAGCACGUUGGUGCCGCUCAUUGCUCGAUGCUUAGCUGCAGACUGA